AUGGCCGACCUUAGCUCCGCCGCAGCUUCCAUGGAGCUGAAGGAGAACACCGUCAUUGUUGUUCUCGGUGCUUCCGGAGAUCUGGCGAAGAAGAAGACCUACCCUGCUCUGUUCGGUCUGUACCGAAACCAGUUCCUUCCCAAGGACAUCAAGAUCGUCGGAUAUGCGCGCACAAAGAUGGACCACGAGGAGUACAUCCGCCGCAUCAGAUCCUACAUGAAGACCCCCACAAAGGAGAUUGAGCAGCAACUCAACGACUUCUGCAGCCUCUGCACCUAUGUUUCCGGCCAGUACGACCGGGAUGACUCUUUCCUGAACCUGAACGCACACCUUGAGGAGCUCGAGGCUGGCAAGCCCGAGACUCACCGUCUGUUUUACAUGGCUCUGCCCCCCAGUGUCUUCACCAUUGUCUCUCAGCACUUGAAGAAGUGCUGCUACCCUACCAAGGGCAUUGCCCGCGUCGUUAUCGAGAAGCCCUUCGGUAAGGACCUUGCCAGCUCUCGCGAGCUUCAGAAGUCGCUGGAGCCCGACUGGAAGGAGGAUGAGCUCUUCCGCAUUGACCACUACCUCGGCAAGGAGAUGGUCAAGAACAUUCUCAUUCUCCGUUUCGGUAACUCUUUCUUUGGCUCUACCUGGAACAGACAGAACAUCGACAACGUCCAGAUCUCCUUCAAGGAGCCCUUCGGUACCGAGGGCCGUGGCGGUUACUUUGACGAGUUUGGCAUCAUCCGCGAUGUCAUGCAGAACCACUUGCUCCAGGUCCUGACCCUGCUCGCCAUGGAGCGCCCCAUUUCUUUCGCCUCUGAGGACAUCCGUGACGAGAAGGUCCGCGUCCUCCGUGCCAUGCCCGCGAUUGAGCCCAAGAAUGUCAUCAUUGGCCAGUACGGAAAGUCCCUGGACGGCAGCAAGCCCUCGUACAAGGAGGACGACACUGUCCCCAAGGACUCUAGAUGCCCGACCUUCUGCGCCAUGGUUGCCUACAUCAAGAACGAGCGCUGGGAUGGUGUCCCCUUCAUCAUGAAGGCCGGAAAGGCCCUCAACGAGCAGAAGACCGAGAUCCGCAUCCAAUUCAAGGACGUCACCUCUGGUAUCUUUAAGGACAUUCCCAGAAACGAGCUUGUCAUGCGCAUUCAGCCCAACGAGAGUGUCUACGUCAAGAUGAACUCCAAGCUGCCCGGCCUGAGCAUGCAGACUGUCGUCACCGAGCUCGACCUUACCUACCGCCGCCGUUUCUCUGACCUGAAGAUCCCCGAGGCCUACGAGUCUCUCAUCCUGGACUGCCUCAAGGGCGACCACUCCAACUUCGUCCGUGACGACGAGCUUGACGCCAGCUGGAGAAUCUUCACUCCUCUUCUGCACUACCUUGACGACAACAAGGAGAUCAUCCCCAUGGAGUACCCCUAUGGUUCCCGCGGCCCUGCUGUGCUGGAUGACUUCACCUCUUCUUACGGCUACAAGUUCAGUGAUGCGGCUGGCUACCAGUGGCCCACUACCUCGGCUCAGGCUCCCAACAAGUUGUAA